CUUCUGAGAUAAGGCAGAGAACCGCAACAAGCGGCACAAUGGAAUCGCUGCCUGUUUAUCAUGGGGCCAUCAGCCGAGAGAUGUGUGAGAGGCGCCUGGGUGAGGCUGGCAGGAAUGGCAGUUACUUAAUACGAGACAGUGAAAGUGUCCCUGGUUCUUACUGUCUCUGUGUUCUGUACAGUGGCUAUGUGUACACUUACCGCAUACAGCAAGACAAUGCAGGCUCCUGGUCAGCAGAGACUGCAGCUGGUCAACAGAAACGCUUGUUUCGUAAAGUGAAGAAUUUGAUAAGUGCUUUUGAGAAACCAGACCAGGGAAUUGCCACUCCUUUACUCUACCCUGUGACUGUUCAGAAUUCUAAUAAUCAUCCCAAAUAAACACCUCAGCCAGAUUAUGAGCUGAAAGAUUCUGACA